CUCUCGUGGCCCAGGGAUACCUGAAGCAACCGAUUCGAUACGUACGUUCACGAUGCGUUUCGCCCUGCCCUCUGCUGUCAUCCUGUUGAUGGGUUCGGCGAGCACGGUGGUGGUGGCCGUCCCAGCCGCGGUGGCUGGUGAGACCUUGACGACCCUCGAGCGGCGGUACGAGUGCUCGUACCAGGACGACCAGUGCAAGGUGCUGUGCACGGGGGGGAGCAAGUACAUCAACUGCGGGCAGUCCGAGUGUCUCGGAACCGUGUGCAAGUGUGUUUGCCACUAUGGCUGACGGGAGUUGAUGAUGGAUCGGAUGAGGGGGCGGACGGACAUUGAUCAAUGUUGGCCGAGUGGUGCGACGAUAGCGGGACACUAUGAUGAUGGGGAUCGAUGACGGGGAGGGGACAUCUGAGAUUGGAUUCUACGAGGACUAUGAAGCGUGAAUGAACGAGCGAACGUAUGCUCUUUGUUCGGCAGGGUAUGUGAUGUGAUAGUGUCGUCGUCCAUCAAAUGACUUCGUGAGCUCCAAGCCUCCGUGCAACAGUUGCAGCAAUAGACAAC